AUGAACCCGCAUGUAUUCGAUAUCCAGCCCGUCGCCCGCUUCGUCGGCUCCAACGCGGCCAUUCGCAGGCCAAAGGAAAUCGCAUGCUUCUCCUACGACGACCAGCACAACUUCCGCCUUGAUGAAUCCUCGCUACGCUACUAUUACCCUCCCCGUCUACCCGCAGAUUUGAACAAGGGCUUCGACACCUUCGAGAAGCUCGAUGACUCAGGCGAUGAGCACCUGGAUGCGCUUCUAGAUACGAUUGUUGAUCUGGAAAGGAGGACGGGGAACAAAUGCGAGGCUGAUAUAGUUACGUGGAGGGGGAUGAUGACAAAGAUAAUGACAGCGCCGUUUGAUAACAUGAAUGGGUUCGAGAUGAAUGCCACAUGUUAUCAAGAAUCAAUCUUCAUCGAAGAAAACAAUGCAUAUAAACUCUCUCAGAAAGAAUCUCAGCGAAAUCAAAGGAUGCCUCCCGGGGCUCCCUCUCAGGAUAUGAUGGCGUUUUGGGGCUAUAAAUUUGAAACUCUAUCACUCAUAGAUGAACCAUGGGAUGCUACAUCUCGUGAGAAGAUUGAGGGUCGCGAGAACGAAAUCGUCAACAACAAAGCGCAGUACUGCUCCGUCGUCCGGACGGGGAUAGGGGGUUUCAAGAUUGUUCUUGGUGGUGAAGUUGAUGCUGUAUGGGACUGUAAGCCCGAGAAAAAAGACGAACCCAUAAACUGGGUCGAGCUCAAGACCUCUGCCGAAAUCCGUAACGACAGAGAUAUGCUUAAAUACGAGCGCAAGCUGCUUAAAUUCUGGGCUCAGUCGUUCCUCCUCGGUGUACCGAAAAUCAUCGUCGGUUUCCGCGAAGAGCAUGGUAUUCUCCUUCGGCUAGAAGAGAUGUCCACACACGAUAUACCCGGUCUAGUGGCCAGACGGGGCAAAGGCACUUGGGAUGGGAAUAUAUGUAUCAAUUUCACCGCGAAGCUUCUGGGAUGGCUGAAGCUCGUGAUUAAUGAUGAAGGGCUUUGGAGGAUCCGCAGGCAGGAGAAAUCACCUGUUAUCGAGGUUUUCAAGUUGGAGGAUUCGGGACAUGGAGGGAUCCUCUCUCAGUCGUUUGUUGACUGGCGGUCUACCACUUGA